AUGCCCCCAACCCCUUUUCUUAAGGAAGAGCCACCCUUCAGUAAACUGUUCCCCACAGCCAUAAGAAGAUACUGUGACUUUAAAUCCCCCCAGCUUCCACUCCUGUUGGGAUGCAAUCGAAACAGAGGCUGCCAGCUGCUUGUUGUCCUGGGCUGGUUGAAACUGGAGCUGCCCCCAGAACCAGUACCCAGCAUUCCGAAUGCACUUAAUCGAAAGCCAAGAUCGGAGAUCAGCCAUGCCCUUCCACCCCUCUGCCCUGUUCUUGGAGAAGAGGACUUUUAUUUCUUCAGGGGCUGGAUCCAGGGGCAGCAUUCCACUAGAGUGGGAGAUGAGCACCAGCCUCAGCAGCAUGGAGAGAUCUAUUCACGGAUCUUCACCUCAGGUUUUCAGUCUCUUCCUUCCACUCUUCUCUUAAGGCCGGUCCGGGAGCCGACAACCUCAAGAUUCUUGAAUCCAUAUGUAGUAGGUUUCAUCGUUGUCGUAGGGGUACUGAUCCUGGCGGCGAUCAUAGCUCUACUUAUUCACUUUUUAGCUUUUGAUAGAAAACCUUACUUUUACCAUAGCAGCGUUCAACUCCUAAAUGUUAACUGUAGCAAAGAGUUAAAUUCACCAGCUACACAAGAAUACAAGAAUUUGUGUGGAAGAAUUGAAUCUGUGAUUACUGAAUCAUUCAGAAAAUCAAAUUUAAGAAAUCAGUUCAUCAGAGCUUAUGUUGCCAAACUGAGGCAAGAGAGUAGUGGCGUAACAGCAGAUAUUGUCAUGAAGUUUCGAUUCACUAGAAGUAGCAGUGGAGCGGCACUGAAAAGCAGAAUUGAAUCUGUUUUGCGCCAAGGGCUAAAUAACUUUGAAAAUUUGGAAGUAAACCCUUCAACUGAGUUAACAUCAAUUACUGUCCAAGAUGCAGCAAAUAUUUUCACCAGUGAAUGUGGGGCUGGCCCAGACCUAAUGACAUUGUCAGAACAGAGAAUCAUAGGAGGCACUGAUGCUGGCGAAGGAGACUGGCCGUGGCAAGUCAGUUUGCAGCGCAAUAACGUGCACAUCUGCGGAGGCUCCCUGAUCAGUAAUGCGUGGAUCCUGACAGCUGCUCACUGCUUCAGAAGCUCCUCUGAUCCUCAUCAAUGGAUUGUCACCUUUGGUAUUUCCACAAUAACUCCUACUAUGAGAAUAAGAGUAAGGAGAAUUGUGAUCCAUGAGAAUUAUGAUACUACAACUCGUGAAAAUGAUAUUGCACUAAUGCAACUUGACAGAACAGUCACCUUUACCAGAAAUAUCCAUACGGUGUGUCUCCCAGUGGCUACCCAAAAUAUUCAACCUGGUUCUACCGCUUAUGUAACAGGAUGGGGAUCUCAAGAAUAUGGUGGCAACACAGUUACAGACUUAGAGCAAGUACAGGUCGAAAUAAUAAGUAAUAAUGUAUGUAAUGCACCAACUAGUUAUAAUGGAGCUAUCUUGCCUGGAAUGCUGUGUGCUGGAUUACCUUAUGGUGGAGCAGAUGCUUGCCAGGGUGAUUCUGGUGGCCCACUAGUGCAAGAAGACUCCCGGCGGCUUUGGUUCCAAGUGGGGAUAGUAAGCUGGGGGUUCCAGUGUGGUCUGCCUAAUAGGCCAGGAGUGUACACACGAGUGACCACCUAUCGUAACUGGAUUAACCAACAAACUGGAAUCUAG